AUGCCUCCAAAGAAACCAGCAGAAAAAAAUGCAAAGAAACCAGCAGCAGGAGGAAAAGCAGAUAAAAAAGGUAAAGGUGAUGAUGCAAAGGGUGGAAUAACUCAAGUCAAGGUACGUCAUAUAUUAUGUGAAAAAGAAGCAAAAUUAAUGGAAGCUGUUAAUUUGAUUAAAUCUGGUAAAACUUUUAAUUCUGUAGCACAAAGUCAUUCAGAAGAUAAAGCAAGAGUUUCAUCAGGACUAUUAGGGUAUAUUGGUAGAGGUGAUAUGGUCCAAGAGUUUACUGAUAGAGCUUUUAAUCAACCAAUUGGUGUUGUUAGUGAGCCAUUUAGAACUCAAUUUGGUUAUCAUAUUAUUUUAGUAGAAGACAAAAAAUAA